UGUGCAGAUGUGUGUGAAAAAGAGGGUUAGAUCCUCAUCCUGCAGAGUUAGAAGUCUACAAAUCAUGUCUAAAGAUAAAAAAAUCAAGAAGUAGGGCGGGAGGAGCGGCAGCGGCCAGGCUACUCAGCUUCGCGAAGGCUCUCAGCGGGCCGCGGCCCUCAGGCACCCGGCUCUCGCCCGCCCCGCCGCCACGAUGCCCAAGAGGAAGGUCAGCUCCGCCGAGGGGGCGGCGAAGGAGGAGCCCACGAGGAGAUCGGCGAGGUUGUCAGCAAAACCGGCUCCUGCAAAAGUGGAAACGAAGCCAAAAAAGGCGGCGGGAAAGGAUAAAUCUUCAGACAAAAAAGUGCAAACAAAAGGGAAAAGAGGAGCAAAGGGAAAACAGGCGGAAGUGGCCAACCAAGAGACUAAAGAAGACUUGCCUGCAGAAAAUGGAGAGACUAAAAACGAGGAGAGCCCAGCCUCUGAUGAAGCAGAAGAGAAAGAAGCCAAGUCUGAUUAACAACCACACACUCAGUCCUGUCAGUGGUCCCUGUUUCCCUUCUUGUACAAUCCAGAGGAAUAUUUUUAUCAACUAGUUUGUAAAUGCAAGUUUUUUAGUAGCUCUAGAAACAUUUUUAAAAAGGAGGGAAUCCCACCUCAUCCCAUUUUUUAAGUGUAAAUGCUUUUUUUUAAGAGGUGAAAUCAUUUGCUGGUUGUUUAUUUUUUGGUACAACCAGAAAAUAGUGGGAUAUUGGAUAUGGGAGGCUUUGAUUGUCUUGGGUGUCAGCUUAACAUUCCAUAGAUGGGGGGUAGCUUUUAUAUCCUAUAAUACAAAAGUAUACUAAAUGGCAGUUUGGAGUCAGUUGUGC